GCGUAGACAGUAGGGGGCUAGGGGCGCUGGCGCGGAAGUUUGACAGCAGAUACAGAUAGUAAUCAUACGAUUGUGCACCGAAAAAAUGUUUCGAAAGAUUUACUACAGAGAAAUGGCUUAGCAAUAAUCGGAAAUAUUGUAACACUCAGGAUAAAGCAUAGGCUCAAAAUUUGCUGCAGUGAUUGCUGUUCUGAAUUUUAUGCAGAGACAGUAAGGAAUGCUCCCAUAAAAAAAAAGGAACAAACAGCAGUUGCACAAAAUGACUACUUCCUGUGGAAAUGAGAUGGGCAACACCGACAUCAAAACAACAGUUAUCUGUAAGAGGGGGGUUAAACAAACUGUGCUCUCACCAGCUGGCUUUGGACAGAUAUAUCAGCAGGAAAUAACAGUGAAGCAUAUAGGUAGUAAAGAAGUUUCUAUUUUGCGGCAGAGGUGGAUUGGCUAUAGAAUUAAUAAUAGUGGUGAAUAUAAUUCACCAUCAGUUUUUUUAAAGUGUGAUGAAACUGUAUACCCAUUCAGCACACAAUCUGCACAUGGAGAAUCCCCAAAGUAUGUGGUCACAUCUAGCAUGCACAGUCAUAAGGAACCAGAAAGGAAGUGGUGUAGGUGGUGGACACUGUUUCUAACGUGCUUUAUCCUGAGUGUUGUUUUGAUAAGUAUUCAUUUACUUUUUCAGAACACCUGCAAUAAAGUGUUUAACAUAGAAAAACUUAGAGGUGUAUUGGAUGAAAACGUCUUUGGCCAAGAUGAAAUUAAAGACCAGUUAAUAAGGACUAUCGAGACCAUGAAUUCGCCUAUGGAUUCAGAUUUAAAAUUUCUGAUAUUUUCAGGUAGUUCUGGUGUUGGAAAAACAUAUGUCGCAUCACUAAUAGCUCAGUUUUUCCCAUGGUCAGAAAAUGUCCACCAUUUUAUGGCACCUGUUCAUUCUGAGCUCUCAGCAGGUGACAUUGACAAACGCAUGUCUUUGUGUGGUUAUAAUUUAGUCAUAAUAGACGACCUGAAAAAAAGUGAUGUAAACAUGAUGUUGGAAUUGAAAAGAAACUAUGAAUUAAUGAACAGGCAGUUUCUUAAAGUAAUAUUCAUUUUCAUUUUUACCACUGAACAAAAUUUUAUUGUUAAUGACAUUGAUAACAGUUUCAGCACACAGUUGGAUGGUAGCAGUCUAAUUUUUUGUGGAAGUGUAACCCAUUUUCAGUUUAAACAGCUAGAAGAAGACGACAUAUUGAAGUUCAUAAAAAAAUCGGUAUAUGAGAGGAAAGGAAUAACAGAACCACAAAUUCUUAUUGAUGAAUUUAUUAACAGUUUUUUGAGUCCUUCUUUUCGUGGUGGUGGGUGUAAAAGAAUAAGUAGUAAGCUAGCAUUAUUCCUGGAGAUGUAUGAGCAGAAGAAACUGAGGGCAAAUUUCCAGUAAAGUAUGGAGUAAAAGUAUUCAUUUGUAUUUUUAAAAAAAUGAGCAUAUCUUGAAUCAACAGAUAUCCUCAUACUUGUGAUUGCUCAUGGAAGUGAUACAUCUUGCCACAUGAGAGUUAGUAUGUAUUUCAUACCUGACAUUUUUGUUAGUGCUUGACUUUUGUGUCUGGCAUUAAGACAGGUAUGAAGCUCAGUAAAUUACAUGUUUGUUUAUAGAGAACUCCUCAUAUAUAAAUUUUAGGAAUUUUUUAUUUUCUCCUUUGAGAAGUGAAGAAUGUACCUGCAAUCACUCCUUUCUAUGAAAAUUGUGUAACUGUGGCAUACUCUGUGUAAUUAUUUUAUACUGAGAGUUCCUAUUUUGAUAGUACAACAAAUUUAUUUUGUAUCUUUUAUGCGAUGUGUCUUACAAAGAAACAAGGCCAGUGCCUUAGGGCUGAUGUUUCCAAGUGUCACCUUUGUAAUUCUCCUACUGCCAUUUAUUAAUAAGAAAUGUUUCUGCAAUGACAGUUGCCUUUGGAAAGUGCAUAUACAUGUAUGUUGUGAUAUCUAACAAAUGAGGCUUGUAUUUU